CCGUCUUUUUCUGUCCCCCCUUCUACUAUUGUUUUCUUGUGUACAAGGCGUGGUGAAACAUCUUCCUCUUUCCUCAACAUACUACUGCCGAUCUUGCAGUCAUCUGCUCAGUCUCACUGCUUACGCACGCCGCGCCACACAUCACACCAUACUGUUCAACUGCCACACUGCUUUCCCCGUCACUAUCCGCUACACUCACUCACGAUGGGCUCUCCCGCCAUCGAUGUGGAUGUUUGUCCCAAUCCCCGCACAAAGGAGGAGAACCAGGAACGUGCCUUCAUAGCCGCCUCCCGUCGUAAAGACCGCAGCUUAGAUGCUCGCGUGGAAUCGGCCAACCGGGCCUCCAGCCUGCACAAGCAGCGGACCGGCAAGGCUCUCCUCAUCAGUCGGGAAAUUGUUGAACGAGAGGCCAUGUACGAAGAGGUUGAUGACCGCUACCAAGAGAAAAUUAACCGUAUGCUGCACGCUCAGUCGAUGCAGCUGCAAACCGAGUUCAACCGCAAUCUCAUGGCGGCUUUCGCCAACCGUCCUAGUGCUCUGCACCAGCGUCGGGCCAGCUCCCACCUCAACCUGUGGGUGUCUCUCAACGGCAUCCGCAAGAUGAGUCUGGACUUGUCUGGGCUUCGUGCCUCCGUCUCCGACGGUAUGAACACCGGGCCAAUGACUAGCCCGUUGGCACCACACCAGGGUAGCUAUGUGCUUUCCCCCACAUACGACGGAAAUUCCCAGUCGCCGUCGUAUCCCAGCGUCGUCCCCGCGUCGUCGGGCCAACUACCAUCCUACCUCACCCAGACCGCGGGCGGACCCACCUGGCCGGCGCAGCUCAACGGGCCGCAGCCCAUGCGAUCGCCUUGGACAGGAGGGUUCGUGUCGCCGGUGCAGCAGGUCCCGGCCACUACGAUGGGCGAAAUGGGCGCCAUGCCGGUUCGUCAGUUCCGGGACCGCAUGGGUUCGGCGCCGGUCAUUCCCGUUCAUGCGAUGCCUUCCCCCUUGCUUGCAACUCCCGCGGCGUCUAGCAAUGGCAGUGCUACGGUGCCUCCCACAACAACAACGUCCUCAUCCUCAUCAGCGUCGGCCGGUCCUCGACCGGCCCACCCGAUGUACCAGCACACUCGAGUCCGGUCGGAGCCUGGCCAAGCUCUGCGGACGCAAAGCUUGGCCAACCUGUCUCAGCUCAAUUCUCCACCAGGCAUGCCGAUGGAUUCCACAGAGCCAGUGCCGACACCAGACUUGUGUCCGACGCCCAGCACACCACAGUCCCCCACAUCGACGGGGCAGGACCCGGGUCUUUGGGGGCUAGACCUGAACAAGGACGAGGGGGUGAUGGCAUACGCACAGGAGCACCAUAUGGAUCCUGACUAUGAAGAUUUCAGCCAAUUCGCAUUUGGGCUGGGCAGUGGUCCCCAACUACCGGAAUCAGAAACGGCGUUUGAUGAAUUUUUUACCAUGGAGGAUUUUCCCGUUAGUGCAUGAGUACCCUAUACGUUGAGUGAUUCCUUAGCUCUACACUAUGUUUUAGUAUUGAUUUUUUUUUCUUUUUUUUUGUUCGUCUGUUUAUUAUUGUUACUACUACUACUACUACUUCCUUUGGGCGGGGACUUGCUGGCUUGGUUGGUGUCGUGUGUACGAGGGGAGACAAUACCCGGGAGAGCGGCGUUGACCAGGUGAUCCAUAGCGAAUGCUAUACCUUUGCUUAACUUGACAUUAUCUUGGGUUGGUAGAAAUUCAGCCAUCUUCGUAACUUCACCCUCCUCCAAACCCCAACAAACAAGCUUCAGGGCCAGUAAAGUGGAUCUCACCGUCCUGAGCUAUCUAGCUAGACCGGGUGAAGCUCCCCAAGCUCCAGGGAACCUGGUGGGUGGAGAAUUUGGAGAUGAGGUUACAUUUCCGCAAACAGCGAACACGAAUGCAUCGAUUUUCUUCAACAUAGACCAAGAAGGACCCGUUCGACCACCUGGAC